AGAAGCCCCCCGCCAUCCCGGCGGCCAAGCCCGCCGCCCCGAUCGGCCCCGUGCUCGGCCGGCCCAUGGAGGACGUCCGCGCCACCUACUCCCUCGGAAAAGAGCUCGGCCGCGGCCAGUUCGGCGUCACCCACCUCUGCACCCACAAGGCCACCGGCGAGAAACUUGCCUGCAAGACCAUCGCGAAGAGGAAGCUGACGAACAAGGAGGACAUCGAGGACGUGAGGAGGGAGGUGCAGAUCAUGUACCACCUCUCCGGCCAGCCCAACAUCGUCGAGCUCAAGGGCGCCUACGAAGACAAGCAGUCGGUGCACCUCGUCAUGGAGCUCUGCUCCGGCGGCGAACUCUUCGACCGCAUCAUCGCCAAGGGCCACUACACCGAGCGGGCCGCCGCCUCUCUGCUGAGGACCAUCGUACAGAUCUUGCACACCUUCCAUUCCAUGGGGGUCAUCCACAGAGACCUCAAGCCGGAGAACUUCCUCUUGCUCAACAAAGACGAGGACGCGCCGCUCAAGGCCACCGAUUUCGGCCUCUCUGUCUUCUUCAAGCAAGGCGAGGUGUUCAAAGACAUAGUGGGCAGUGCAUAUUACAUAGCACCUGAAGUCCUCAAGCGACGGUAUGGACCCGAAGCCGAUAUUUGGAGCAUAGGAGUCAUGCUCUACAUUUUCCUCUGUGGUGUUCCUCCUUUUUGGGCUGAAUCUGAACAAGGGAUCUUCAAUGCUAUUCUGAGAGGGCAGAUCGACUUCACAAGCGAUCCUUGGCCAAACAUUUCGCCCAGUGCUAAAGAUCUUGUUCGGAAAAUGCUACACAUAGAUCCCAAGCAGAGGCUAACGGCAUUCGAAGUCCUCAAUCAUCCUUGGAUCAAAGAAGACGGAGAAGCACCCGAUACACCACUCGAUAACGCGGUUAUUAACAGACUGAAACAAUUCAGAGCAAUGAACCAGUUUAAGAAGGCUGCUUUAAGGGUAAUAGCCGGUUGCUUAUCAGAGGAGGAGAUUCAAGGUUUGAAGGAAAUGUUCAAGAGUAUGGACUCCGAUAAUAGCGGAACUAUUACUUUAGAAGAACUCAAGCAUGGUCUUGCUAAGCAAGGAACUAAAUUGUCUGAAUAUGAAGUUAAACAGCUGAUGGAAGCUGCUGAUGCCGACGGUAAUGGAACUAUCGACUAUGAGGAGUUCAUCACAGCAACGGUACACAUGAAUAGGAUGGACAGAGAGGAGCAUCUAUACACAGCAUUCCAAUUCUUCGAUAAAGAUAACAGUGGCUAUAUCACGAGGGAAGAACUCGAGCAAGCUCUGAAAGAGAAAGGAAUGUAUGAUGAAGCCGAAAUCAAGGGUGUUAUCGAUGAAGCUGAUGUCGACAAUGACGGUCACAUCAACUACGACGAGUUUGUAGCCAUGAUGAGAAUGGGGAAUCCUGAAACGAAUCCGAAGAAGAGAAGAGAUGUGGUUAUUUAA